UGACGUUAACAGAAAAGAUCCGGUCGCCUCAGACACAAGCUUUCACCUACACUAAGUUCUGCCGUUUGAAUUAGUCAUCCAGGUAAAAGCUGAAGGUAAAACAGGAGACACUGUCCUGUCCUUCUUAAACUGUGGACUUCCAUCUGCACCAGAUGUUCCUGGCUCCUCCCAGACAGCUUAGUAAAACAUUCCAGCCCACCUCUGGGAAUCUGCUGGCUCCUCCACACACUCCCACAGUCUCAUUCAGUCAGGCUUUCACAGCAGCUAAAGAGAGACGCUGGAAGAAAAUGAGAGCCCUCGCUGUCUUGGUUACACUGGUGUGUCUGGCCACAGCUCAGCACCAAGUGCUGAUUGACUAUCUGGAGCGGAGGCUGCUCGCUAUUGAGGACCGGAUCUCUCUGUGGCACGAACAGACCACGCGCUACGCCUCAGAGCUGCGAGAGCUGAAGCAGCAGAUGGUCUCCCAGCUGGAGAACCUGGACAAGGAGAAGGAGGCGCUGAGGGAGAACCUGGACGGCGUCGGCACCAGGGUGGACCGAGUGGAGCGGGAGCUGGACUACCUGGAGACGCACAACGGGGCUCAGCCGUGCGUGGACGUGGACGACAAGCUGAUAGAGCAGCAGGUGACGCUGGUGGAAGAGAAGCAGAAGGCCAAGUACUCCAAACUGUCAGACUGCAGCGAUAUGAUCUCUAGCAUCAAAGCCAUGAAGAUCCUGAAGCGGGUGGGAGGCACCAAGGGCAUGUGGAGCAAAGACACCAGCAGGGGCUCAGGGAAGGUCUACGUCUUCAACGGGACAGAAGACGACGUCAUCCACGAGUUCGCCUCGGUGCAGGACUUCACCCGCUCCCAGGGCUUGUCCCUGUCCAAGGAGCUGAGGCUGCCGUCGGGCUGGAGGGGGACGGGCCACGUGGUCUACAGCGGCCACGCGUUCUACACCAAGCAGGCGGAGGAGAUCACCGUGGUCAAAUACGACGUGAGGAACGGCUCGGUGACAGACAGCGCAGUGUUCCCAGUGGAGGACCCGAUCCCCGUCUACGCCUUGACCCCCGAGACGCUGGUGGACCUGGCUGUGGACGAGGAAGGCCUGUGGGCCAUUUACGCCACGCAGCAGAGCGAGAGGCACAUCUCCCUGGCAAAGAUGGACUGGAGCUCCCUGGACAUCGAGCAGAUGUGGGACACAAACUGCCCGAGGGAAAACGCGGAGGCGGCGUUCGUCAUCUGCGGCACGCUGUACGUGGUGUACAACACCGCGCAGCCGGGGCGCUCGCGGGUGCAGUGCGUGUUCGACGUCAACGACAUGGUGACCAACGAAGAGGCGCCUCUGGUUUACUUCCCCAAGCGCUACGGAGCCCAUUCCAGUCUGAAGUACAACCCACAGGAGCAGCUGCUCUACGCCUGGGAUGACGGCUACCAGAUCCUCUACAAGCUCAUCAUGAAAAAGAAACUGGAAAUCUGAGCUGGUUCACGCAAACAACCGUUUCCCCAAACCACUCGCCAUUCAUUUCAGUUUUAGGUCCUUAUAUUGAUAUGUGUAGCUGGAGAACAUUUCCUAAUGCAUGCGGAAGAAUGUGAGAUUUGUGAAUGUCUUUUUAUUCCCCAUGUUCAGCAUUAGUGUUUCUGAACUACGUAGCAAAGAUCCAGUAUUUAUUAUUAUCACAAUAAGUCCUGUUCACUCAAUAUUAUUAGUUUAAUAGCAUUUCAAAUGGAUCAGUUUUAGUUCUAGUGAACAGCUGAUAUCUGUGAUGUGGUCACUUUAACAAACAUGACAGGCACAUUAGAAUAUGUGAAGAGACCGCUAGCUGGCUAGCACUGUAGCAUUUUAUACUCUUGAGAUUUACUAAAACGAAUGACCAGAGUUACCAGCACUAUUAGACACCUAAUGCUCAUCCUAACUGUCUUCUUUAUGUCUUCAGUAAUUUUGCAGGAAUACAGACAUGUUAAAGUCAUCAUGCAGAAUUUUAACAUUUUAAAUUUUGGUGCCCUUGAGUGACUCCAUCAAAGCACAUGAGGUGAAGCUACUACAUUCUGUUGUUGAGUGGUUUUUCUCUCCUUUGCCAUAGUUCUUUCCUUUAAAGCUUCUAUUAUCUAGUAUUGACUGACGUCCAAAUAUGUCGUGACUAAUUAAAACUCAAGUAUUGUCGGUGGUCAUUGAUGGUUAAUUCAUUUCAGGCUCAGAAUGGCAGAUGUGGGCUGCUGAACUUAUCACAUGUCUGACUGAAUCAUCUGAGAUUAAGUGUAACAAUUAUUUCAUAAAUCUCAUGUGGAUGCAAUAUUGAAGAAAAGAUUAUUUACUUAAACUGUGAUGUCUAAGCAUAAGACCAAAAUCAUCAGUAAAAGCUAUUUAACAAGUUUAUUUUUUUACAUGUAAAUAUACAUUAACCAUAAAAAACUUUUCAUUAAUUUUGGAUAAAAUUUAGAGUAAGAAAAAAAAAAGAUCAUCAGCACAUUAAAUUUAGUAAAAUCUGAAUUACAACAGGGGAAUUGGGAAUAUCGCGGACGUGCAAAAAUGAGAACUUCAAAAAUCUUGCCUAUAGACCUGCAUGACUAUUAAACAGUUGGUUUAGUUGUCAGGAUGAAAAUAAGGAUGAUUUUUACCCAAAUACUGAACGUAACUACUGGAAAAACACACUUUGAGCAACUGCUGUUUAAACUGUCGGGGGUUUCAUUCUGUUGAGAAUCGGCCCCAUUUUGUAGCGGUUUACAUAGCACAACAUCUGUUAUUUGCACUAUCCCACAAACUUCUAUAAUCAUAUUUUACUCUAUAUUUAACUAUUGGAAUUUGGAUGUACUCAUUGAGAAAUAUAAUGGUCUAUAACUACAAUAAACAUGAACUCUGUCUGAAGACCAUCUCUGUUACAAAUAAAAAAAUUACAUCAACAAUGGUAGCUAUACAUAAAUAUUGGAAAUAAUGAAAAUUAUUAAACAUAUAUAACUAUACCAACAUCAGGACAGAAAAACACUGUGAAACCUUCCAGAUAUCUGUCUUAUCCCAUAACCAUUAAAUGUACAACAUAACCUGCA